GGCGCUGAUUGGCGGCUGGUUUGAAUCGGGAGCGGUUGGAGGGCGCCGGUGACUUUCAAACAGCGGCGGGAACGGCAAGAAGCGCCUGGGCCUUGGUCGCCGUCUCUCCGGCUCGGUUUAACCUCGCUUCUCCUUAGGCUAAAUUGCAAACACUACUAUGGAUGAUUAUGUGAAGAUAGAGAAAAUUGGUGAAGGUACCUAUGGGGUUGUUUAUAAAGGGCGUCAUAAAACUACUCAGCAGAUAGUGGCCAUGAAGAAAAUCCGAUUGGAGAGUGAAGAGGAAGGUGUUCCCAGCACUGCAAUCAGAGAGAUUUCUCUUCUGAAAGAACUACAGCAUCCUAACGUAGUAAGCCUUCAAGAUAUACUAAUGCAAGAUGCAAGGCUAUACCUUGUAUUUGAAUUCCUUUCAAUGGAUCUGAAAAAGUAUUUGGAUUCCUUGCCUUCUCGUCAGAUGAUGGACCAAAUGCUAGUUAAGAGUUAUCUAUAUCAGAUCACACAAGGGAUUGCCUUCUGUCACUCAAGGCGGGUUUUACACAGAGACUUGAAACCUCAGAAUUUACUCAUUGAUAGUAAAGGAGUUAUUAAGUUGGCUGACUUUGGUCUGGCUCGUGCCUUUGGAGUCCCUGUCAGAGUUUAUACACAUGAAGUUGUGACACUGUGGUACAGAGCUCCUGAAGUACUGCUGGGCUCUGCUCGUUACUCGACUCCUGUGGAUAUCUGGAGUAUUGGUACAAUAUUUGCUGAAAUGGCUACCAAGCGACCUCUCUUUCAUGGAGACUCGGAGAUUGAUCAACUUUUCAGAAUUUUCAGGACACUGGGUACACCAAACAAUGACAUUUGGCCAGAUGUUGAAACUUUACCAGAUUACAAGAAUACCUUCCCUAAAUGGAAAGCAGGGAACUUAUCCCAAGUGAAGAAUAUAGAUCAGAAUGGCCUUGAUCUGCUAGCGAAAACAUUGAUUUAUGACCCUACCAGAAGAAUCUCUGCAAAGGAAGCUUUGCAUCACCCAUAUUUUGACGACUUGGAUAAGUCCAGUCUCCCUGCCAAUGUUCUAAGGAAUUAAUUCCUGAGGAAAGGUGACUGUCUCUGCUUGAUAGCAAAGCUAUUGGCAAUCAUUAAAUGAGAAUUUAUUUUCAGCUUUUUAAAAUCUGGUUACAACUAUAUCUGUAUUGAAGUUCUGUAGAUUUGUCUGUUGGUAUCCAUGUAUUUUUCCCUCUGGCUAUCCUCAAUAGUUGCACAAUCAUUUUUGUACUUGUAUAACUUGUAAAUAUAAAUAAAGCCAAAUUUACACCA